UAUGAAUUGUAUUGCAACAAAUAAAAUGAAAAUAAUUCUUUUAGAAUAUUACGUGAAAAUCAGCCUGUAAUUAGUUCUAUAUGCGUUAUAAAUAUAUAGUCAAUAGUUUAUGACAAUUCGUACGUUGCCUUUUGUUGUUAUGAAAAAUAUGUAUAUUUGUGAGCGUGUAUAUUUAUAAUUAUAUUUGCAAUUAUUAAAUAAUGAUAAUAUAUAGAAUGUAACAUUAAAACAAUAUGAUAAAUACAAUCUUUUCUGUAAUUGCAAAAAUCUGUCUUUUUCAAAAAUGAGAGCUAUUUUGAUGUUUUUAAUUUUAAUUCAAACAAAAGGGAAAACAAUUCAGACUUGUCCAAAGUAUUGCACGUGUAAACUUGGUGCACAAGCUGAGUGGUUACGUAUCAAAUGCAGUAAUGAAUUACAGAAUAUUAGAGAUAUUAAUAUCAACAGUGUCAGUGUGGAAUUAGUUCAAUUAGAUUUAAGUAAAAAUAACAUUUAUACUAUUGAAGCUAAUAUAUUUAAGAAUCUGACAAAUUUGAAACGUUUAAAUUUGUCACAAAACUAUAUAACUUCUAUUAAUGCAGAAUCUUUUAAUGGUCUCGGAAAUUUAGAAAGACUAAAAUAUUCAGUGUCAGUUGUUACCCCCUACAAUUGAACUUCGACCAAUUCAUAAUCAAGUAGUAUUUGCUGGAGAUUCUAUAACUUUAAAAUGCAGAGCACCUAGUAUAACAGAUGAUAGAAAUGCAAAAUUAAGUUGGUUAUGGUAUCCUAAUACUACUACUGAAAAUGCAGAUUUAAAUGCAUUUUUAGAUCCACAAAAAAGUUUAUCUAAUAUUAAAGUUGAUAACAGAUAUCUUGCAGAUAGUGGCAUUGUGGACAGUUCUCUUAGUAUUGUUCCUAUUAAAGAAGAACACAAUGGUCAAUGGAACUGUUUAUUAGUUUCUAUAAAUGGUAAUAGAACAAAAGCAAUCAGUGUAAUUGUUAUCUCUGAAGAAACUCGUUACUGUCCUCUAGCAGUAACUAAAAAUAAUAAAGGUAUUUAUACAUGGCCAAAAACUGUAGUAGGAUGGAGAGCAGAAUUACCAUGUGAAGGCAACCAUUUAUCAGGUUUGAUGCAAAGGCCUUUAAAAGCUUCCUAUCAGUGUAAUAUUACAGGAUAUUGGGAGAAUUUAAACACAGAAUUAUGUCCUUACAUAUCACAUAUAACAAAAAGCUUAGAACAAUUUUCUAAAGUUAAUCUUUCUCUUACAAGAAUCAAUUUAUUAGAAAGUGCGAAGAAAUUUAAAAAUUUUACAGGAACUUCCAUAAAAAUAACUGAUCCUAUUGAAGUAGAUUUCAUAACUCAAACUAUAGAAAAUUAUUUAAAUUUUCUAAUUGAAGGAAAAGAACUUGGUACUACAUUAAUCGAUGUCAUCAAUACUCUGAUUAAUGUACCAAAGAAUAUUUUAAAGAAAGCUGAAGUUUCUUUUAAAUCUUGUACGCGACUAAUAAAAGCUGUAGAAAAGAUAAUAGAGCAUACUCCAUCUAUACAAUUUUACAAGAAAAAUAUGGCACUAGAAGAAUUCAGAGUGAAACGUGAUAGUUUCACAGGAUUAAUAUGUACAUGGUAUUCAAAUAAUAAUCCAGAAACACGAUUUUUACAAUGUACAACAAACAAUAGAACAUCUCCCAUUAAUAUAAAAGAUAGAACAAUUGAAGCAUCAAUACAUUUACCUGCAUCUUUAUUACAAUAUUCACAAGAAGUUACUGCUCAUCAAUUAAUGAUUUCUGUAUAUAGUAAUAAUAGACUAUUUCCUAAAAUAAUCAAUAAUGGGAUGUCAGUACAAAAUUUAACUGAACCUGUAUACAUUAUGUUAAAGACACCUUUGUACUAUUAUGCUGGGAAGAAAUUAUUACCAGUAGUUUGGGAUGAUACGUUAAAUAAAUCAGGAGGUUGGACAAAUGAUGGUUGCUAUUUAAGAAAUGUAUUGAACAAUUUAAUAAUAUUUCAUUGUAAUAGAUUGGGAUAUUAUGGUCUUUUACAAGAUAUUUCUACACUUGAUCAUGAUGGUAACAGUAUAAGUGGUGCAAAAUUUAGAUAUUCAAAUCCUGCAAUAUAUAUUGGAAGUAUUGCAACAAUAACAUGUUUAAUUAUUAUGUGUAUAACAUAUAUUAUUUGUUACACAUCAAUUACAAUGCCUAAAAAAGCAAAACAUUGCGUUAUUAAUACUUGGUUUGCUAUGGCAUUAUUAUCAUUUUUUUAUAGUAUUGGUAUUUACCAAACAGAAAAUAUACCAAUUUGUCAAGGUGUUGGUCUUAUUCUGCAUUAUUUGUCUUUAUGUUGUUUGUUAUGGAUGGCAGUGUUUGCAAGCAACAUGUAUAAAAAAUUAUCCAAAUCAGAUCUCGAAGAAGAUAUUCCAGAUAAUGAUCUUCAAGAUCCACCAAUGCCAAAACCAUUAUUAGGACUUUAUUUAGUUGGCUGGGGUAUAGCUAUGAUCAUUUGUGGUAUAUCUGGCGCAAUAAAUCUACGAGAAUACGCUGGAUAUUCAUAUUGUUUUCUCACAUCCGCUCCUGCUCUUGUUGCUUUGUUCGUUCCAGCUGGAUUUCUAAUUGUAUAUUUAUUUAUUUUUCAUUUACUCAUUAAAUGUUCAAUUCAAAAUGUUGACAUGAAUGCUCAGUUGUCUGAAGGUACACAAGCAACAGAAAAUAUGGAUUUGGAAUUAUUGGAACCAAGUACAAAUAUUUCUAUUGGCAGAAAUAGUGCACAUAGUGUACAAACCAUAUUAUCUGAUAUUGAAGAUUCAGAACAUUCUCAAAUUACUCAAUUGAAAGGUCAAAUUAUUAUAUUAACUUUAUAUUUGAUAUCAUGGAUUACUGCAGCAGCAGCUACAACAAAGUCGUUAAAUACGUAUAUUUCAUUUGAUGAAACUAUAUUUGCUAUUUUAUAUUCACUUUUUUCUAGUUCACUUGGAAUUUUCAUUCUUUUCUUUUAUGGAAUUGCACGAAGUGAUGUUAGAUCACAAUGGUUAAAAAUGGGUUGUUGGUUUCAGAAACGGAAAAAUCAAUGUUGUCGAACAAGAAGUAUUUCUGAUGCAAAUCCUGUAAUAACAACACAAUCUUUAGUACAAAAUUUGGUAGCUCCAAUGUCUAAUUCUCAAGCUACUCAAGUUACAUCUGAUUCAAAUUCCAUUAGCUCAUCCAGAUACACCAAUAGAUCACAAACAUAUAAUGCAUUUAAAGUUACAGAUAUUGUAACCAAUCAAAAAGUAUCGCCUAUUGGUAGAAAAAUGACCAAUAUGAAUUUAGUUGUAUUACACCGACAACAAUACAGAUCUGACAAUUCUGUAACAACAUAUAUUGAACCCACUUGUGUUGAAAUGUUUUAUAAUCCUCAUCAAAGUGGAGUUGCUAGAAAAUUUUUUAGAAAACAACGUCGUCAUACAAAAAAUAGUAAUCUUGGUCCUCGAAAACAAGGUGAUGGUGGUGCUAUGAGUGAUGCUGGUAGUUGCAUUUCUGUAUCACGAUCGACCACAAAAUUAGAAAGUAAUAUAGAUCAAACUAUCUUAAGUAGCAGUGCAAAAGUGAAUAAUACAAACAUCCAUGUUGAAUUAAAUCCAAUAAAUGACGUUAAAAAUGUUAAUAUACUCUCAGAUAGUGGUGGUAGUAUUUCAGAGGAAAGAAAUGUUCCAAUGCGAUUUGUUAUUGGCCAAGAAGAUUUUUUUCGAAAUGUAAGAAAAGUUAAUAAUAAUUGUAGAUUACACGAGUCUAUAAACACAGUAUCUAACUCUGCAAGAAACAAUUGCCAAAAAAUAGAAUUAUUGAAUAUAACUUUACAUGAAUCAGACAUGGAAAUCAAAACUGAUGAAGAAAAGCAUUUGCAGAGUGUUUCACAACAAUGUAGUUUAGAAUACAGUUCGGAAAUAGAAUCUAUUACUCAGAUGACUAGUGAAAAAAGUGAUCAUAAUUUACCAGAAAUUUAUGAAACUGUAGAAACAAUUAUGGAAGCUAAUCUUUUAAAAAAAGAUUGUCAAAAUAUGAAUGAAUUCCAUGAAGUAGAGGAACGCCAAUCAAAUGCCACUUUAAAAUGGUUAACUCAUUCUAAUAGCAUGCACUGUCUUCCAAUAAAUACCGUAAAACCACUAAGAAAUAAUUAUUGUAAUUCAUUAAAUGAUAUUGCAUCUCUUGCCAGUUACAAAAAGUGUGAAUAUUUGAAAUCAUUUACAGACGUGCAAAAUAUUACAAGUUCGAAUUUAUGCAAUAAAAAUUCCCUUUCUGAAAAAUCAUUUAGUAAAUUAGAACUAUCUUUCUCUAAAAAUAUUACUUCAACAAGAAAUAUUGAAUGUGCCUCUAAUGUGUGCACUGAUGAAUUGAAAUCCAAGCAAAAAUGUAUCAAUUCUAUGAUUGAUAUGACAUCAUUUAUGCAUAGUUCUUGCAAUAUAGUAAGAAAUUUAGAUUCAAACAAUGAGAUAGAAAGUUUAAGUAAACAACAAAAUAUACAGCACAUUGAAGGUAGUGAAGCACACUUAAAUAAUCCAAAUACUUAUCUACAAAUAGUCAAAAAAGAAACAAGCGUUUAAUCUAGUUUUGCUUAUACAGAGCAUAAUAUAUCAAUAAAAAUUUCAUCUAAAGAAUAAAAUAAUUUUUGGAAAUUUACAUUUUUAUAAUAUUCAAAAAAAUACUUAUUAAUUUUGUUUUAUUAAUUUGUCUACAAACAUAGUUCCUAUAUAUGAAAAAAAUCAUUCUUUUUUAUUAAACUGUUUUAUCUUUUUUUUACAUUGCAUUAAUCUUUUCACCUUUUUUAGCAUGUCAAAUAUUGUCAAAUAUUUUUAAUAUAUUUUUAUUCAUAUAAAUAUAUGAAACACUUAUUAAACUAUUUGUUGGAUAUGUAUUUAUUCAAAGAAAAUUGUACAUAAUUAAUACAAACAAAUUUAAUAUUUUUGUGCAUUCUAAAAAAAUUCAUUUUUCUUUUGUAUAUACGUUGUUCUGCAAAAAAAGUGCUCAAAAAUCAUAAUAGCUACGAAAUCAUAAUAUUUAAUGGUAUUUCAUUCAUAUAUCAUUUAGAAAUAAAGAAUAUUUUAUAUUCAAUUUAAUUGAAUUUCUACCAAUGAUUUUAAAUAUAAAUUAUAAAUAAAGUUUCAUUAUUAUUUUUAUAAUUGCAUAUAUAAUUUAUAAAAUAUGCUCUAAGACUGAAUAUUUUAUUAAAUAUUUUAUUAAAUAUGAAAGUACAUUAAAUUUAUUAUUAUCGUUUGUUUUUUUGCACGUGUAAAAUUAUUUUGUAAAGAUAAAUAAUUAUUACAUAUUUGAGAUAUACAAUAUAUAAAAUAAUAAUAAAAGAUAUAAUGCACACACAAGUACGUAAAUUACAUACAGUGUAAUGUAUAAGGAUAUUACUUUUAUAUAAAAUAUAUCUAUAGGUACACUUUUUGUACAUAAUUUAUAGUUUAUACAGUAUUUAAUUCCUUAAAUAUAAAGUUUAUAUAUGUAACUCUUUUCUUAUAUUUGAAAAUAUAUUUAAAUGUUAUAGAUAAAUUCAUAUCCUUUUUCAUUAACAUCCCACUUAAAAAUAAACAAAAAAAAAGAAAAGUAAUUAAAUACACCAAUCAAAAUUAUUAUUAUAAAUUAUAAUUUUAAGUUAGAAAA